AUGCAGAUCAUGAUAAGCAACAUCUUUUAUAAGCGAAGGAUCUCCACUUCAGUUGCCGCAUUAUCAGAAAUUGCAUGGUCUCGCCGAAAUGAUCAAACCCAGGCCCUUGAAGAGUUUCUCAGAAUCCUAAUCCAGCUAGGAGAGCUCUCAGCCGAUAUUCAUGGUGCCUACAAGGAUGGAGGCGAUAGAGCUGCCGAGAACCCUGGGCCAUUUAUCAGAAGGGCACUUUACCUUGAUGCCGAUCUAGUCUCAUGGUCAAUGUCCUUGAGCCCUCCCUGGCGCUAUAAUGUCAUGAAUACGCCCGCACACCUCCGAAGCAAGAUUGAUUCAUACUCAUAUUACUAUGGUGAUACUUAUCAUUUGUUUAAUUCUGUUUCGUUUGCCUCUGGGUGGAACAACUACUAUCAAACGCGCAUCGUCAUACAGGAGAUUGUUCGAUCGCUUUGUAUGCGCACGGUGGGAUCUGGAAUGGCAGAUACUUCCCACAAGACGAUAGCUAUGGCCAACACCAUCAGUCGACAAAUGAUUCACUCUAUAUGUGCGAGUGUCCCAUAUCAUUUCAAUUCAGGAGAGGUUGGUGUGGGUGUGGCUUUCCGGCUUCUCUGGCCACUUUUCAUCACGGCAAAUUGUGGGGCAACAACACCUGAGAUCAAGGAUUGGGUCAUGAAGACACUCGAGCUUGUUGGAAAUACUGCAGGUAUUCAACAAGCCCUGAUGAUGUCACAGUCUGUGAAAAAAGGACACAAUAUCGCCCUGAUACCGGGGACUUGA